AUGUCAGACGGGUGUGGCUCGCCACGAAGAGAUAACUCCGGCUCGGAUGGCCCAACUAGUCCCAAUGCCGUCCAGCGUCAUCCAUUCACCCGCACACCUUCCAAUGAGCCACCACGCUUCCAGUAUGCGCGCGAUCCCAGCCGCAUUGCUCCCCCCCUGCAUCCUACCUCCACCGUCGACGGAGCAUUGACGGUCAAUCUCGGCUCGGAUCCAUCCGUGGCCCAGUACGAGCAAUCUUCGCUCGACGCUUCCACCCACAGUCUCAGCUCAUCCGCAGAAUCAUAUUCUGGCGUCCGCUCUUCCAGUGCUGAUCCAUCGGUACCAACCAAGUACUGGCCGGAGACAUCCUCCUCACACGCGCAUCCUGUGCCCUGCGGCGCCGACAAUCUUACGGACCCCGAUAGCUACGCAAUGGAUGACCGCUCGGGUCCUCAACAUAGCACCGCCAGACUGCAUACCAAGUCGAACGGCUACGCAUCUUCUACUGAUGGCGACCUCACCCCCGUUGCAUCUACCUCACGCGCAACGUCAGCAGCACCCGGCGCUCGUCUGCCCACGCCACUCGUUGGCGUCAACUUGACCGACGAGCAAAUCACCGACAUGACCGAGUCCGAUGUCUCCGAGUACGAUGACACCGCCAAGUUGCGGCGCGCGCGACGAGGCAGCGGAGCCAACCCCAGCCCCUCGUCCAUGUUCAGCUCCAUCACCAAAAGUCUGGGCGGCGAGCCCUUUUGGAACAAGUCCGGCGCAUCCUACACUCCACUCACCGCCACUCGAUCACGCAGCCUCAAAAAGUCCAAGUGGAAUCGCAACUCCAAGACGGACAAAGCGCUCUUGUCCAAUCCCUCCGCUGCACCCUCUAGAGAUCGCCUUCGCGGCCGAAGAUCAGCGUCAAUGUGGACCCAUCCAUUGUCCAUGGUCGCCUCGUUUUUCAGCAAGCUCUUCCGAACCGUCUUUGGACCCAUCCAUCCCAUCACCAUCAUUCUAGCUCUGGUGCUCAUCGCCAGCUUCGUUGCCUCGGUCACCAAGCUCAUCAUCUACAUCCUCAACCCAGACAAGGAGCCGGUACCGUGGCGCAAAGAAUGCCUGGAUCAGCCUCCCUUCCCGCACGCCUACGCCGACGCGCUUGCUCCCGUUGAUGUGUUUGUGGGCGUUUUCAGCAUCGACAGCGCCUAUGAACGCCGCCACCUCAUUCGAAGCACGUAUGCAACUCACACGAUACCCGUCGAUCCUGACACGGGCAAGCCAACCAGCAAUGUCCAGGUCAAGUUCAUCAUCGGCAAGCCGCGUCAGGCACACGCGAGAAGGGUCGCGCUCGAGAUGGAGACCUUCAACGACCUCGUCGUGCUCGACAUGGACGAAAACAUGAAUAGAGGCAAAACGCAUGCCUUCUUCCGAUGGGCUGCAGAGAACGCCACUGUGCCCUUCUUGCGUGCGGUCGACCCUGAGCUGCAGCAGCAGCAGCAACCCCUUGACUCUCUCCAGACGCGCGCGCAUCUGGGCCAGCAAGGUUUGUACGGCCACAGCCAUGGUCAGACACGCGAAGUGGUCGUCGGCUCUAUUGGACAAGAGCAGCGCUACCAGGUGCUGUGGAAGAAGGCCGACUACGUGGUCAAAGCAGACGAUGACGCAUACAUCGUCCUUGAAGAGCUGGAACGCCAUCUGCGCGUCGCGCCUCGCCAAAUGACCUACUGGGGCUACCUCAUCCGCAAUUGGUUCAUGGGCGGCGAGUGCUACGGACUGUCCAGCGACCUGGUGCAAUACGUCGCGCACGAUGAGAGCGUGAUGCAUCACAUCACUGGCAAGGAGGACAAGAAGGUGGCGCAGUGGAUCAGCUUGCAUCCGAACCGAUCCGACAUUCACUGGGUAUCGGAACACUGCUGGAUCUAUGACCAUCCCAAAGCCGGCACCGCCUACUCCCAUGGCUUCCUCUUCCCGGACUAUGUCGAGAAGAUCAAACUGGAAGGCCGACGCGGGCUGACCGACCAAGAGAUCGCACGACGCGGCGGCGAGCACCGAGCGAAGUCGUACUCCACCGUGUCGCGAUGGCAUACGCCUUACGUCGAGCCACGUAGCGAUCUGACAAUCGAAGAAGAGGUUGAGGCGCUCGUGGAAGGAGGAGGGCGAUGGGCGGGUUCGUGGGUUCGCGGUGAGGAGGGCAACGACACGCAGACCUGGGUGCCAUGGCAGCAGAUUGUGUUUGAAGCCAACGACGACCGGCUACGACCGCACAUGCUGGAUGACUUGGGCGCGCAUCCAAUGCUCGCCGAAGAGGUCGGCUUCGAUCCCGCCUCUGGCUUGACGGUGCGACACAUCCAUGGCGUGAACAGUCAGCCGCUGGAUCCCUUGGCUGCCAAUCUCGACGGCGAUCUGCAGCCUUCGCAGCCAAGACGACGCGGUAUACCCUUCCUUGCACAUCUCCCCUCGGCACCUGGCUUCGACUUUGGCGCUGGCGGCGUGUCUCGCAGCGCAGCGGAGGAGCGCAAGCGGUCGUUUGCUGGCGCUGCCAUGCAACCCCGCAUGGUACCCCUGCCUACCCACAAGGACGGCAACGGCGAGGCGGACGAGCUGCGACGACGUAGAUACCUGGGCAGACGUUUUGGUGGGACGGUGGUGGUGCACUACCUGAAGAAGAGCGAGUGGUUCUACGAGACUGCCUUGGCGCUUUCCGGUCGGCAACGCUUCUGGCCGGACGGGGCGGGCGGCACGGGCAGCGAGUGGCGCAUGUACGGCAGUCCGCUGGUUCGUCACGAGGACGGUUAUAUCAGUGGUGGAAGGAGUCAGCCGCGGCCCGAUAUGGACCUUGCGUAUCUGCAGCAGGCUCGGAUGCAGGCGCAGGCGAAUGCGGCCCAGGCGCAGGCAUUGGCAGCGAGGAUGGGCAGCUUUACGAAGCCCAAGCCGUCGAAUGCUGGGCCGCCAGCUUCGCCGCCAAAGCAGCAGCAGCAGCAGCAGCCAGAGCCAGAGCCAGCUUCAAGCUAG